AUGACUGGCGCUUCUAUCAAACCACGCGUCAGAAUAGGCUGCCACAUCAAGAAGCUAUGCAUGAUGCGGUAUGGCAGCGGUUUGCCAAUUGAUGUUCAUCCGAAGAACUGGCCUUAUAGCGACAGAUACAUACACGACUCAUAUCCUGGACAAGAAGAGCAGAUAUCAAUACACUUUAGCGACCAUGUCGCCGGGAACGUGGACCAGGAACAACAGUGGAGAAAUGAGCCUCCCGCCAGCGCAUACCGAACAGCGACACUGCGAAGUUCGCGGUCCUUCACAAAGCAUGUCUCUCGACAGAGAAGUCGAAGGCGGGAACUUCGAGGACGACCUACCAAGCCGGGUAUUACUGUAGAUACGAGCUUCACGAGGCAUAGAGGCACAGAGCCGCACCAAGUAUUUCCUAGAGAUGUAGAGAGAGGUGCGGGGUCUGUCAGGAAGUCAGCCUGGUUAGGACUGGGAAGGUCAUCCACUAGAAACAAAGGUUUGGGCAUUACCAAGGGUACCCCCCAACCAGAACACGUGCAUCGCAAGAAGCACAGUCUCGACAGGAAUGAAACCGACACAGCUAUAUCUAUGACGCCUGGGGGCAAGUCGUGGCAAGAGAUCUCACCUUGGGAUCGACGCAUCCCCAUCGGCAUCUCAGUUCCAACCGACAGCAUAUCGGAUUUCAGCUCACUGCAAGCCAACCGUCGUCGGGCUGGAAGCGACUCUACUUUAGUAACUCCGAGCAUCAUCAUCACCCCUGCCGCAGUCAAGUCAGCCUGGUCUCCGGACACGCCCUUCACCGAGUCCGAUUAUACACCAAGCAUCUACUCACGCUACCAGUCGACCUUUAUGGAUGCAAACGUCCCCCCAGUUCCUGCUCUACCUUCUGGAGUAUCACAAAACCCAGGCGCCAAAGACGUCCAAGGAGCAGCUGGCCACUCUAGAAAUGAUACGCUUGAUUCCGCGGGGACUGCAUUCGAAGAGGAUGACGAUAAAAGGAGAGACCGCAUCAUGUCUACCAGUACUUUGUUCGAGGAGGACGAGACGCCUUUACGGGAAAGGACUAUUGAGAACUCACUGGCUAUUGAUACGUCAAUGGUGCCUACUCCCCGGCGAUCACAAGGAUGGUGGAAUGUCAUCACAACACCGUUUGUUACGACGCCCAAGUCAUCAACAUGGACCGAAGCAAGUGGUGGUAGAACGCCAGAUGUGCCAACGGUACCUACUCGAUACGGUACGCAAAAGGGAGAGAAUGGUACAUCGCUUCCAUCACCACUUCAUACAGUAGUACCUAGCGCUUCCAUGGAAGUAACUUCUGAGAAGCCAGUAGGCGAACAACCAACCUCUCACCGAGCUGUCGCGUCGCCUGAAUCGACAAUGUCCGCCUCACCGGUUGUUGGCACAGCAGCUAUUGGAACCGUCUUGAUGCCUCGCCAGGUUGAAGAACCACGCCAAAUCAACAUCAACAUUGAACUGCAAGAUAGACGACCGAUGGCGGAUCCCCAUGCUGUUCGCGCCAACUAUCCGCCACCCGUACAGCACUUUCACACGUCAUCACCAGCACCACAAACGCAAGGCGCAGUAUCAUCUCCUCCAAACGCCAAAACCUCGCAGCAGAAUCUACCAGUCUUUGCUCCACCUCCCAGGUCUGCUCAGAAAGCCUCCCACUGGAGCUACGAUAACGGAAGUCGUGCCAGCUCAUCCGGAUCUCCAGAUCUCAAAGGACAGAAGAAGCAUCGGAAAGUCUGCGACAUGACGAGCAUCUGGUCGUUCGGGAAGAAGAAGAACCAAAAGAACGAUACGUCCAAUGAGAAGAAAAGGAAGAGAGGUGUGUGUUUCUGGGGUUGCUGCUGUUGUUUGAUCUUCUUGGUGUUGUUGGCGGCCAUUAUCCCGGUCGUCGUGGUCCUUACCAGGAGAGGAGACGACAACAAAUCUACAGCAACUCAGCCGACUGCUGAUGGCGGCAGCCAGUGGCUGAAUCAAACCAACUAUCCUCCCAUUCCCACCGGCAUCUUAACCAUCGCGCAACCUGAAGCUGUAGAUGAGGAGAGCGGCUGUGUUGCGCCAACCACACUGUGGAGUUGUGCGUUACCGAAAGAAGUUCAGCAAUCCGUCGCGCCUAACAAGCCCGAUCAACCGAACUUCAAGAUUGAAAUCACGUUUGCGAACGGCACUGCAGCUCAACUGCCAAAAGCUCAGCGUACCAAGAGAGGCCUUAAUCCUGUAUCAGCUGGUGCAUUCAUUAGGUCACUACUGCAUGCGCGUGCGGCACCUUUGCCGUCACCAGCACCUCCAUCGACGGCGGAUAUGAGCUUUCUGGGACAGACAACAGAUGGCAACUCGGCUCCCUUUGAGGGCGAAGAGACUGGCCUGUUUAUCAGCAUGCAAGAUCCUACAACAAGCACAUCUCAACACACGAAGCGUGCGAAUUCCGACGAUCCGACCAACAUUACCGCUGUAAUCCCUCCGCCGAUGUUGGCUUCCGAUGGAACUGCCGCACCCGCAAAUCUGAUGCCUUUUCCUUCUGCGCAACCCCUCCGACUGUAUAAUCGUGGCAAAGACGACGAGCACUACGGCUUCUACAACUACUUCGAUCGUUCGAUCUUUCUGAAGCAGAUCAACGGUACCAACCGUGGUGGUAACCCGGCAGAUAUUGAUGGAGGAAGCACUAAAGACGCGGCGAACCUGCGAUGCACAUACUCACAGACUCGUUUCCUGGUACAGAUCUGGACGCGUAGUAAGGACAGCAAGCCACUGCUGCAAAAGUCUGCCUCGAACGCGUCGGCUGUCUCUGCUCGGCCAGGUACCUUUCCAUACCCUGUCACUGUCACGAUCGAUCGGCACGGUGGCGACCCAUCAAAGAAGAACCUUUACUGCUACGAGAUGGAGGAUGACGGCUCCAUUAAGAAUGAGGAAUCGAAGAAGUAUUUCCAGUUUGAAGACCGCGGGUUCGGAGGCAAUUUGGUCAAGAGCACGCAAGGGCAAGGGAACGCGAUAGGGUCCAUCGACGGUGGAACUGGCGGCUGCCGUUGCCAGUGGCAGAACUGGCUCAGUUGA